AAUUCAAGCCUGAACAAUGGAGCGCAAAUUUCAUAGAUUUUUCCAGGCGCUUGCCGUGCUCUCCAUGCUGGUGGUUGUUGCAACCGGUCAGGGUCUCACUGUGGAUACCCACGACCUCACAAUCAUUGUGAGUUCAAACGAAAGUUUUUUGGUCUAUGCCAGUGCCAAUCUGGAGACGGAUUUCAGUGUCACUUUGCUGACGCAACACGAGGACCAUUUAGUCGUGGAUCCCGAGUCAUUUACCUACUCCGCAGGGAGCAUCCAAAACCAAACUGUUAUCGUGACAGGUCUAAAAGCCGGUUACGUGGAGAUCACAGCCAACAGCACCUCCGGUGAGAGUUCGAUCACUGAGGAUCUCUUUGUACGCAUCACUGUGGCUAAAUCAGAAGCCCUCAUCUAUACCUCAAUUGUGUUUGGUUGGAUCUACUUUGUAGCCUGGUCUGUGUCAUUUUAUCCCCAGAUCUGGAUAAACUAUCGGCGCAAGUCUGUCGAGGGUUUGAAUUUUGACUUCCUCACAUUAAAUAUUGUGGGCUUUACAUUGUACAGUAUGUUCAAUUGUGGCUUGUAUUUCGUGGGAAGUCUGCAGGAUGAGUACGAAAAUCGUCAUCCUCGUGGCCUCAAUCCGGUGAUGCUGAACGAUGUCGUCUUCUCACUGCACGCCAUGUUUGCCACGACAAUCACAAUUGUUCAGUGUUUCAUUUACGAGCGUGGUCAACAACGAGUUUCAAAGACAGCAUGCGGUAUUUUGGGAAUCUUUACCCUAUUCGUUAUGAUUUCAGCCAUCCUUGCUGGCGUUAGUGUAAUCCAUUGGUUAGACUUUCUCUAUUAUUGCAGUUAUGUAAAACUGACGAUAACAAUUAUUAAAUAUGUGCCUCAAGCCCUUAUGAAUUUCCGCCGAAAGAGCACUGUCGGAUGGAGUAUUGGUAACAUACUGUUGGACUUCACUGGCGGUACUCUGAGCAUGCUGCAAAUGAUCCUAAAUGCCCAUAAUUACGAUGAUUGGGUUUCUAUAUUCGGAGAUCCCACAAAGUUUGGCCUCGGCGUCUUCUCGGUACUCUUCGAUAUAUUCUUUAUGCUGCAGCACUACGUCUUUUAUAGACAUGCCAGAGAAACUUCGAUUUCCAAUUUAUCGGCUGUUACGGAAGUGCAAAAUGAUUCCCAAAACGAUUCACCGCAAAAAGAGCCGGAUGUUGAAGCAUCUGAAAAAUGUUAGAAUGCAACCAAUGUUUCGUUCUGAUAAUUUUAAAUAUAUGUAAAUUUUUGAAGAUUUAAUAUUAAA